AAUUUAAGGCUGGACACAGUCAGCAACACACAAGACAUCAUCUUGAAGGAAGGAUGGCUUUGGCCAGACCAAGACCGAGACUUGGAGACCUGAUUGAGAUUUCUCGCUUUGGCUAUGCACACUGGGCCAUCUACGUGGGAGAUGGCUAUGUGGUCCAUCUGGCUCCCGCAAGUGAAAUUGCUGGAGCUGGUGCAGCCAGUGUCCUGUCUGCCCUGACCAACAAAGCCAUAGUGAAGAAGGAACCGCUGUCUGUGGUGGCUGGGGGAGACAACUACAGGGUCAAUAACAAGCACGAUGACAGAUACCCACCACUGCCUUCCAACAAAAUCGUCAAGCGGGCAGAGGAGUUGGUGGGGCAGGAGUUGCCUUAUUCGCUGACCAGUGACAACUGCGAGCACUUCGUGAACGAUCUGCGCUAUGGCGUCUCCCGCAGUGACCAGGUCACUGGUGCAGUCACGACAGUAGGUGUGGCAGCAGGCCUGCUGGCUGCUGCAAGCCUUGUGGGGAUCCUGCUGGCCAGAAGCAAGCGGGAAAGGCAAUAAAUCCAAGAAAUUGUCCCAACAACAACCAGUUCUUACGGAGGAAUAUUAUUUAGCCAGCAGGAAUGGAGUUUGUUUUACUGAUUUUACUGUUUUGUGUUCAUGAGUCUUUAUUUUAAUGGAGUUAAAAGCAUAGGAAAAUGUAUUUGGAAAUGCAGCUUAGUAUUAAUUCUAUUAAAGACACAAUUGGGCUCUGC